AUGGAUAACUAUUACUACCCGAUCUGCUUUGGCGGCCUCGUGGUGUUAUGCCUCGGGCUGCUCUUUGCCCAACCCACUCGAAGACAGGAACUAGAACAACAAGGCAUAGCGGAUGAAGACGAACAUCCCGAGACUUGGUGGUACAAGGCCUAUGCUCUCGCCGUGGCGGCGGACUGGUUGCAGGGGCCGUACGUAGUCGCCCUGUACAGGGACGAGUAUAGCCUGCAGCCAGGUGUCGUUAUGAGCUUAUACCUGACCGACCUCAUCGCGACGACCGUCAGCGCCUAUUUCGUCGGCGCUCUGUCCGACAAGCACGGCCGGAAGCUGUAUUGCAUGGUCUACUGCGUAUUAUACACGCUAUCCUGCUUUCUGACCAUCGUCCCCGUCACUCCGCUGCUGUUCCUCGGCCGGAUCUUCGGCGGCAUAAGCUCGAGUAUCCUCUUCUCUGUCUUCGAUAGCUGGAUGGUCACCAACUUCCACAAGAAGGAUCUGGCUAAGGAGGCAUGCGACUUGUCGAGGACCUAUGCGUCCACGGCUAUCGUGAAUAGCCUGGUAGCUAUACUGACAGGGUUGCUGGGCGAGUCUCUUGUGUGGGCCACUGGUACUAAGAAGACUCCUUUCCUCGUGAGCGUAGCGCUUCUCUGGGUGUGUUUCCAGACGAUCUGGUCCCAUUGGGGCGAGAAUUUCGGGGCUUCAUCUUCGCUUGCAUCCACACCAGCCGCAACUCGUCCGUCUCUUUGGUCGAUUAUAAGGACGCCGUCUGUAUUGGCCCUCGCAUUUGCGUCAACCAUGUUCGAUAGCUCUAUGAACCUGUUUGCCCUCUACUGGGGUCCCGCUCUAAGCUCUCUACAUUCUUUAGCAACCGAGGUUCCUUACAGCACCGUCUAUUCGAGUUUCAUGGUUGUGUCCUUGGGAGCGGCUCUGGUCUUCAACAUCCUCAUGAACAAGCGAGUCACGACAGAAGCUCAAAUCUUAGUUGCGGCCCUCUCAGUUGCUAGUUUCUGCUUUCUGAAGCUCUCAAGUGCGAAAACAGAGACUGGUGCUUUCUGGCUAUUCUGCCUUCUUCAGGGUUGCAUUGGCAUGUUUGUGCCCUGUGUCGGUUAUCUGAAGGCAACCUUGAUAGAUGAUGAUGUUCGCGCCACCGUAUACAGCAUCAUGCGCAUCCCCUUUAAUAUACUUGCCAUCAUAUCAUUAGUGACGAUAAGGGACAACAACAACGUUGGUGGGGUUUUCGCAACCUGCUCUCUCAUGCUCAUUGCGUCCUUCACAACGACAUUGGCGGCAACCUUGCGAGAAAUUCUCUGA